AUGGCACCUACUCAAAUCGAUGUUGCGCCUUUGAGUAAAUGGGAUAUCAUCUCUGACAUUAUUGGUUGGAGCUACUUUUUUGUUUGGUCCAUUAGUUUUUAUCCUCAGGUUUACUUGAAUUGGAGGCGAAAGAGUGUACGAGGAUUAUCUAUUGAUUUCUUAUUCUACAAUGUACUUGGUUUCUUCUGCUAUUCGAUUUAUAAUUUAGCUUUCUAUUGUAACCAAGAAAUCAGAGAUCAAUAUCAGCAGCGACACCCAAACAGCGGAAAUAAUCUUGUCCGUAUGAACGAUGUGGUAUUUUCUGUGCAUGGCUUCCUUAUUUCUCUGUUCAUCUUAUUACAAACAUGUGUUUAUAAGAAACACGAAAGCCAACACAUUUCAUCUUUUGCUGCAUCAUUUGUAUGGCUAGCUACCAUGGGAUCAGUCUUGGUGAUAUCUACCAUCCAUUAUGGUGGUGCGAUCUGGUUAGAUUUCAUGUAUUAUUUAAGCUCUGUCAAAUUAGUUGUCAGUUUCAUCAAAUACUUGCCACAGGUUUGGUUGAAUUACAAGCGCCAAUCUACACAAGGCUGGAGCAUAGAAUACAUCUUUUGGGAUUUAUCAGGUGGUUUGUUGUCUAUUCUGCAAUUAUUAUUAGACGCUUAUAUUGAUGGCGAUUGGUCUGGCAUUGAAGGCGACAAUGUGAAGCUUGGAUUAGGUGUUAUUGUUGUCGUUUAUGAUGCAAUAUUUUUGAUCCAGCAUUAUAUAUUAUAUCCUUAUAAUCAUGCUGUCAGAGGUAUUACAGAAGAAAGAAGACGAUUGAUCAGUGAGGGCCGUGUGCCUAUAGACAUUGACGAAGAGGAGGUAAUAUCAGAGCAGGAGGAUAGUUUAAGCGAAGUGUCGUCAAUCAUGAGUAGAAAACCUAAAAAUGCCAAUCAGCAUUAUGGGUCUAUAUCACACGACACACCUUUAUAA